AUGAGGGCGCUGCGAGGUGUCAGCCGCCGUCUAUCCACGCCGGCGCUCAAGCCACCGUCCGCCCACGCGCUCGGCUGGCGCGUCACUCCGGUCGCCCACGCCCUGGGAGCCGAAAUUGAGGGCGCCGACCUCUCUCACAUCGGUGCCACCGAGUUUGCGGCGGUCCGCGAGGCGCUCCUUCAGUACGAGGUGAUCUUCUUCCGCGAUCAGGCGUCCUUCGAUCCGGCAGCGCACCGCGCGCUCGCCCAGCUCUUUGGAGGCGUGCAGACGCACCCCGCAUACGCCACCGUCGAGGGCUUCCCAGAGAUCACGAUCCUGGAGAAUGACCGCGAGCGGCCGUCGCUGAUCGAAAAGUGGCACACCGACAUGACGUUCCGACCGCGACCGCCACUCGGGUCGAUCCUGCACGGCAUCGUCAUUCCCGACGGCGGGCGCGGCGACACCGAGUUCCUCUCGAUGUCGGCGGCGUUCGAGGCGCUCGAGCCGAGCCUGCGGCGGCGGCUUGCGGGGCUCGAGGCGGAGCACUCGUUCGAGCACGGCUUCAAGGAGAGCCUGUCGCAGCCGGGCGGGCGCCAGCGGCUGGCGCAAGCCCUGGCCGAUAACCCGCCGGUGACGCACCCAGUCGUGCGGACCCACCCAGAGAGCGGCCGGCAGAGCCUCUUCGUCAACGGGCUCUUCACCACGCGCAUCUUGGGGCUCGGCGAGGGCGAGUCGGCGGAGCUUCUCGGCUUCCUGCAGGAGCACAUGGAGCAGCCGCGCUUCCGCUGCCGCUUCCGUUGGCGCCCCCACUCGGUCGCCAUCUGGGACAACCGGCUGACGCAGCACCGGCCGGUGAACGACUACUGGCCUUCGCACCGAAAGCUGCAGCGCAUCACCAUCGACGGCGACCGCCCCUUCUACCGCGCCGCGGAGGCGGCCUAGGAACGGCAGCGGGCGGUGUUCGUAGAAUCGUCGUAGUCUAGUAGGCCGUGCGCUGACCGCUGUUGCGCGUCGGCGUGCCCUGCGCCCUUGUGGAGCGCAAGUUCAUGCGUAGUGUCGGUUUUCUUCUUUGGUGUACCUGUGCUAGUGCCAUGUCCCGUGCAAUAUGGAUCAAGAUUCUUUGAAAAGCGUCGAUUUUU